AUGGAGACAAACUGGUCGUCGACCUUGGAAAAGGAUUCCAACAUGGCACAUUGCAUCGCAGUAUUGCUGCCUCUCCUGUGUCACGCCGUUAUUGCAUCCAUGAACGACGAACCUCCUAUGAGACAGCGCCUCUCGUUUAAAUUCAAGGAACCUUAUGUUGUGAGACGGGGAGAAGACUUCGAUGUGACAUGCGUGCCCGUGGGAUCUCUGAACAUGACUGUGGAAUGGAUCCAGGCCACGAGGGGAUCUCUGGAAGGCAUCGUUUCUCCCAGAGAGAUGAACAUUCUUCAACUUAGGAACAUUCAACAGUCAGAAAAUUACACCUGUGUGGUAGAAAGCAAGGAGCAUGGUCGAAUCGAACGGACGAUUAUCAUUACGGUCCAGGACUUACCCUUUGCACCGGUGGAUGUGGUAGUGGAUGAGGAGACAGAAUCCUCGGUGAGACUAAGUUGGUCCUACCCAUCAGCAUUCUCGAACGUUACGCCAAAUGAAGUCAAGCAUUACGUGAUCCAAUACAAACCGGUAUAUCCAAUACAAACCGGUGUAUUUCAGCUUGAUACAAAUCAAGCUGAAAUCUACGGCAUCACGGAGCGCCAUUACACUAUCCAACAACUGAACCACAGCACGGAAUACGAGAUCUACGUUCUGGCUGCAAAUCUUCUUGGCAAGGGUCCAGUGUCUCCAAAGACCUUGGCCUGCACCACAGGACCU